AAGGCAACAGUCUAAACGGAAAUCUCUGCGACUCAAAAGAGGCUGCCGAGAUGUCCGCCAGCUCUGCAUUUGGUGAUGACAAAGGUGGUUCAUCUAACGUUGGCGAGCCGGAGUAUGGACAUGAUCCAGCAAGCGGUGGGAUCUUCUCGUCAGAUUACAAGAGACAUGAUGACCUGAAAGAAAUGCUGGAUAGCAACAAGGACUCGUUGAAACUCGAAGCGAUGAAGAGGAUUGUUGCGAUGAUUGCCAGAGGAAAGAAUGCCUCGGAGUUGUUCCCAGCUGUCGUGAAAAAUGUGGCUUGUAAAAAUAUCGAGGUAAAGAAGCUUGUUUAUGUAUACCUUGUGCGGUAUGCCGAGGAACAACAAGAUCUUGCUUUGCUGUCAAUCUCCACAUUUCAGCGGGGGUUAAAGGAUCCCAACCAGCUUAUUCGAGCAAGUGCACUACGGGUUUUGUCCAGCAUCCGAGUCACCAUCAUUGUACCCAUAAUGAUGCUCGCCAUCAAAGAAGCUGCAUCCGACAUGUCUCCAUAUGUCCGUAAAACUGCUGCUCAUGCCAUCCCAAAACUCUACAGUUUGGACCCCGACCAGAAGGACCAGUUAAUUGAAGUCAUAGAAAAACUGCUUGCUGAUAAAACUACGCUGGUCGCUGGCAGUGUUGUCAUGGCCUUUGAGGAAGUCUGCCCAGAGCGCAUUGACUUGAUCCACAAAAAUUACCGUAAGCUGUGUAACCUGCUAAUCGAUGUGGAGGAAUGGGGCCAGGUGGUGAUCAUCAACAUGCUGACCAGAUACGCUAGAACACAGUUCCUCAACCCCAACAUCAAUGAGACUCUUCUGGAGGAGGAAAAGGCUUUUUAUGGUUCUGAUGAAGAUGAGGACUCAAAGGAGGAGACCCCUGAUGCUGAGGUGUCCACUGCAGCCAAAAGGAAGCCCUACGUCAUGGAUCCUGACCACAGACUUCUACUGAGAAACACAAAACCUCUCCUACAGAGUCGGAAUGCAGCUGUUGUAAUGGCAGUUGCUCAGCUCUACUUUCAUCUUGCCCCCAAAGCCGAGGUUGGUGUUAUUGCAAAAGCUCUUGUUCGGCUCAUGAGAAGCCACAGUGAGGUCCAGUAUGUGGUUUUACAGAAUGUGGCCACCAUGACAAUCAAGCGAAGGGGAAUGUUUGAACCAUACCUCAAGAGCUUCUACAUACGCUCGACGGAUCCCACUCAGAUUAAGAUUCUAAAGCUUGAAGUCCUAACUAAUCUGGCAAAUGAGACCAAUAUUUCAACAAUCCUAAGAGAAUUUCAGACUUACAUCAAAAGUAAUGACAAAGACUUUGUGGCCGCCACAAUCCAGGCCAUUGGCCGCUGUGCCACAAACAUCGGCGAGGUCCGGGACACAUGCUUGAAUGGAUUAGUUCAGUUGCUCUCCAACCGUGAUGAACUGGUGGUAGCGGAAUCUGUGGUGGUGAUAAAGAAGUUGUUACAGAUGCAGCCGGAGCAGCACAGUGAAAUCAUUAAGCACAUGGCCAAACUCACUGACAACAUCCAGGUCCCAAUGGCGCGAGCUAGUAUCCUGUGGCUAAUUGGGGAAUACUGUGAGCAUGUACCCAAGAUUGCCCCUGAUGUCCUGAGGAAGAUGGCAAAGACAUUUACCAAUGAAGAAGACAUCGUCAAGCUACAGAUUAUGAAUCUGGCAGCCAAGCUAUAUCUUACAAAUUCGAAACAGACUAAACUUCUCACUCAAUAUGUGCUGAACCUGGCAAAAUAUGACCAAAACUAUGACAUCCGAGACCGAGCUCGAUUUAUCCGCCAGCUUAUCGUGCCCAUGGAAAAGGGCGGGGCCCUUAGCAAGUAUGCUAAGAAGUUGUUCCUAGCCUUGAAACCUGCACCUGUUCUGGAGUCUCCAUUUAAAGAUAGGGACCAUUUCCAGCUGGGAUCUCUGUCACAUCUGCUGAAUGCCAAAGCCGGCGGCUACCAGGAGUUACCCGACUGGCCCGACGUGGUGCCGGACCCAUCUGUGCGCAACGUGGAGGUGAAGGAUUCUGUUAUUAAGCUGCUUGAAAGAGUCACAACCUUAACCAGUGUUCCAGAAUGGACCAAGUGCAGCGGGCGUGACAAAAGAAAGGACAAAAAAGCAGACAAGCCGUUCUAUUCCGAUUCGGAGGGAGAAUCUGGCCCUACGGAGUCUGCCGACAGUGGAUCCGACUCUGAAAGUGAUUCAGAGAGUGGCAGUGAGACUGGCAGCAGCGAAGAGAGCGGUUCAAGAUCUGAUACGGAGGACAGUUACGAGGAGGAGGAGGAGUCAGACUCUGAAGGAAUGGAGAAAGUGCCAAAGGGAAGGAAUAUUCUGCGACGCAAAAAUAAGACGUCUGCCUCAGACAGCGCAGCCAGUGAUGAAAGUGGUGGAGAAGAGGACAGGCUACCGAAGCCAGGAUAUGGCAAGAGAUCGGAGUCAGAGGAGGAGAAGAGUGAAUCGGAAAGCAGCGAAUCAGAUUCUGAAUCAGAGCCGGAGUCUGAAUCUGAUGCUGACACGAAGAAGAAGAAGAAGAAAAAGAAGGUGCCUGUUUCCGCUCCUGCUUCCAAACCAACAAAAAAGGCUAACGUGGAAAAGAAGGAAGCCGUUGAAAAGAAGGAAAUGUCUCUUCUUGAUCUGGACGAUUUCCUGUCGACCCCAACUGAAUCCACGACAUAUCAAGUAUCUCCAGUCAGCAAUGUUGUUUCAAACAGCUUGGUCACAGACUUGGAAGGGUUAUCUUUGACAGAUACCACAAUGUCAGCAGUGACAAUCACUUCAUCCAGCUCUAUGAAGAUGUAUGAGCUUUUGCACCGCAUCAAAGGAGAGGGUCUGGCAGUGGAGUACUGCUUCAGCCGACAGCCUUUUAGUUCAGAUAUUCAUAUGGUAGCUGUUCAAAUCCAAUUCACCAACAACACCUCGUCAGAGGUCAAGAACCUGCAUGUGGAGGAACCAAAGCUGCAGUCUGGGAUGAGGAUGAAAGAAUUUCAAGAAAUUGAUGUAUUGCCCCCAUCUGGGACUGCUACUGCUGUGAUUGGCAUCGAUUUCUGUGAUUCCACACAAGCUGCCAAUUUCCAGCUAUGUACAAAUACACGGAAAUUUUUUGUGACUAUUCAGCCUCCAGUGGGAGAAUUGAUGACGCCGGUCUUCAUGACAGAAAACGAGUUUAAAAAAGAGCAAGGCAACCUGAUGGGCAUGAAUGAGAUUUCAGAAAAGCUGGCAUUGGGAGAGAUGUGUCAGAACGACAUUACUAUCGUGCAGAGAGUCACUAGUGCUGCAAACAUCAGCAGAGUGCCAUGCGGUUCUGACAAGGAAUGCAGGUUUGCUGGAAAAACUGUGACCAGUGGCAGUCUAGUGCUUGUGACUGUGCUGACCAAGGAGGGAGGCGCGGCUCAGCUUACGGUUAAUUGUGAAAAGAUGGUGAUCGGAACAAUGUUGGUGAAGGAUAUCUUACAGGCCCUGUCUCCGUAACGCAACUGCUUCAGAGACAAAAUGCCCUUUAACAUAUACUCUUAAAAACAGACAAGGUGUGUUUUGGUGUUAGAGAAAUAAUGGCUUAGUAGAAUACGAUUGCAGUCAAUGAUACCUCUUUUUUAAUUAAUAUAACCUCACCUAAACAAAUUACAUUUCCCAGAUUUUGGUAGUUGUGUCUGUAAUGUUCCAUCUAUAUUAUUGAAGAUAUAUUCAACUAGAUGUAGCUUUCAAGACCGAUUAAGAGAAAAUUGAAUUAUUGUUUUUUUUUGCUCUCCAUGCUGUGCUGAUGUAUUUAUACCUGUAAUAAAAGCA